CUAAAGUAAGAUUUAUCGUUUUUAUUUUUAUUUUUUUCCUAAGCGAAACAUAUAAGUUUACAACUUGCUUUGUGGGCCAAGGUCGCCGUGUAUCUGAAAUGUGCUUACCAGCAAAUCUCCCGAUUUUUAUCUUCGCCCUUGUCUUUUACUUCCAUUCUAUAUAUAGUAAGCCAUCACCGUCUCCUACAAACAAACAAUUAUCUCAAACAAAUCUCAAAACAAUAAAAAAAAAUAAAUAAUAAUGGCUCUUUUUCUCUGCCUCUUUUUUCUUUUGUUCUCCUCUGCCUCAGCUGCUUGCAACCAAUGUGUCUUAGCUAAAGCUGCUUUCUUUGGUAGUGAUAAAGCUCUCAUCGGUGGAGCUUGUGGGUAUGGUCCUUUAGCUUUGAACUUUUAUGCUGGACAUGUUGCUGCUGCUCUUCCUCCUAUUUUUCAGAAUGGUGUUGGUUGUGGUGCUUGCUAUCAGAUAAGAUGCAAGAACACUGCUGUUUGCAAUAGAGCAGGAACAACAAUUGUGGUCACUGAUAUCCAUACUGACAAGACCAACACUACUGAUUUUGUGCUAAGUAGCAGAGCCUUUAGGGCUAUGGCCUUACCUGGAAAGGACACACAAGUCUUACAACUCGGGAUUACAGAAGUCGAAUAUAAGAGGGUGCCCUGUGUCUACAAAGGUCAAAACUUGGCUUUUCGAGUGGAAGAGUUCAGCCAUCCUCCCAACUAUUUGGCAAUCAAAAUCCUCUACCAAGGCGGUCAAACCACUAUCUCAGGCGCUGAAGUAGCUGCAGUUGGUAAACCAAGCAACUGGAUUCCCAUGAGCCGAAAUUAUGGGGCAGUUUGGGACACAAGCAAGGCUCCAACCGGAAACCUAAUGUUCAGGUUUAUCAUCAAAUCAGGCAUCAAGAAUCAAUACUUCGUUACGAAUCCAGUCCUGCCCCCGAACUGGAAGCCUGGUGUCAUAUAUAACUCUAAGGUGCAAAUCACUAAUGUUGCUCUAGAUGGUUGCACUCCUUGCAAACCCUGGUAGAUAAACCAUACGACGAUCUUUGAUCUCCUUCUGAGUAAUGUUGUGCGCGUAUGGAGAUCAUUUUUGCGUACUAAGUGUUACCUGAGCUGAAAAUUGUAGCAAAAAUGCCUAAGAAGGAUCUUUAGUUUUAUGUAACGCUUGUUAUUUUGAAAUAAAUAAGUCAUGAUACUUGUUAUACUCA